UUACCACCAGAACUGACUCCUUCAGGACUGCCGUACGUGCGACGUGCCAGUAAUCGCGUUGUCAAAUGCAUGAAAAUGGGAGAACUGGAUUCUCAACAAGCCCCAGACCGCAUUCAGUCAACGCAGAGGCGCACGUGUCAAACAACUUCGGUGCUUGUAGCUCAGCUACACUCAAUCUCCUCUCAAUGCUCCGACCACAGUCGACUGAUCCAGUCGGGCCAACGCUGGGAG